CCUGGCUUGAAUUUCAUCACCGCUCAAUCCGACUCAACUUCAUCUCGACUCGACAAGGUCCUACUACGUGGUAGUCGAGGACGUUGUCUUGGUCGGGCGUCUCACCCUCUUUCACCCCAAGUUGGAGUUUCAUUAACAGGAAGCCUUCACGGAAGGCGCUCGAGAGGAAACGUCAUGGCGGACGUCAAGAGCAAGAACCUCUACGAGCUGUUGGGAAAUACGUCAGACCAGGAUUCUGACCGCGAGCCUGAUCCACCUACAAAGGCCAUUGACAAGCCAGUCGCUCGUCAUGGUAAACGCGAUGCGCCCAAAGAGGCACCUGCUACGACCGAACGUGCGAACGUAGCUCCUCGCGGUCGAGGUGGUCAUCGUGGAGGCGGCUUCAAUGACAAUGAAGCAGCUUUCCGCAACAGAGCCACAGGCAGGAACUACAACCGUGACCAACCCACCGAGGGUGGUGGCGAGGAUGGCUAUGGCAACCGCCCUGGCCGCGAUCGAGGCCCUGGCGCGCAACGUUAUGGUCGCGGUCCUCGUGGACCUCGUCGAGGUGGUGAUCGCCACAGCCGCACUGGGAUAGCCAACCACCCAAAGCAAGAGGGACAUGGAUGGGGUGAAAACACUGGCGACGGCGAAUGGGCUGACGAAAAGGCGGGAGAAGCCUUGGCAAAAGAAGACGAAAAGGUUGCCAAUUGGGAUGCUGGCGGCCAGAACCCAGCGUGGAAUGAAAAUGCCGAACCGGCCACUAUUCCUGAGGGCGGUGAGGCUGUCCAAGACGCCAAUGCGGCGGAGCCCGAGGCGGAAGAGCCUCAGGAUCACCACAAGUCGUACGCCGACUACUUGGCUGAGCAAGCUGCCAAGAGACUGGAAGGACUCGGUCUGAAGGAGGCUCGUGCACCUAACGAAGGCUCCAAGGAGAACAAAAAAUGGACCGGCGCGAAAGAGCUCACUAAGGUCGAGGAUGAGGACUACUUCAAAGGCGAAGAGAAGGGCAAGCGUGAACGUGAGCGGGCGCAGAAGAAAGAGUUCCUCGACAUUGACUACAGCUUCAAGGAGCAGCCACGUGAGUCCCGUGGUCGCGGCGGCCGUGGCGCUGGGCGAGGACGAGGAGGAGACCGUGGAGAGUUCCGCGGCGGACGUGGACGUGGACGUGGCGAUCGUGGAGAGCAUCGUGGGGAGCAUCGUGGAGAGUAUCGUGGCCGUGGUCGUGGUGGCCGCGGCGAUGCUCCCCCGGUGGCUGUCGACGACGAAUCUGCUUUCCCCAGCUUGGGAAAGUAGAGCCGGUCGUCGCCGUCGUCCAACCUCCGGAGCAACCAGCCUGCAAGGCCACCGCCUACCAUUCUCUUCGACCUGAAAAACUCACCCACCGACCUUUGUACUAUGUGAAAGGCCACACUCGUUGACUCGAUCGCGUCAAAACUACUGUACUGGCGACUUCGGAGGCAGAGAGCAAAGCAUUUGCAAGGAGAAAGAUCGGGUAUUGUUUUGACCAAAUGGCAAUGAUUCCACCCCAAAAAGAGCACUUGAGCAGCAGACGGAUCAAUGGAGAAGGAGGGAUUUUGUUCUGCCAUCUCGAGCAAUUCCAUCUGGCUAGCUUGGAAUUCGUGUAAGAUAGGAAUUAUCCUUCCUUGUUGCUCCAAAUGCCGUUGCAUUCAGAAUGGGAUUUCACUUGAUCCUU